CGUUGAAUGCCGUGUGUCAACCAUUGUGUGCCUUUCACAAUCUUUCAAGAAAUCCUGAACUUUCAACCAAAUCUGUGAGACUUCAAGAUGAAUGAAUAUGCAGUUGUGGCAUUUGAAGACGAAGAUGAUGCAGUCGCAUUGGUGUCCGCGUCAUGGAUUGUAAAUGAAGGAGGGGAGCACUUCAGCUACUGGCCAGGUCACCAGCAAACUAUGAGAGCAAAGCGGCAUGUCAUUCCUGACAAGCAGACUUGGGGGAGGCACAAAAUUCGCGUGUUGAAAGUGACAAGUAACUACGAGAAAGCCAGAUCAAAGGCCAGGAAGGCAGAGGAAACUUCAAAUCUGGACACAGAUGAGGAAAGUAGCCAAAGGAAGAGGCAUGCACCGUUAAGAUUACUGAGUGAAUCAGACAGUGAUGCCGAUAUGGAGUUAGAACCUGAGCCCGUGCAAAGAAGCCCGAGAAAGGCAAAGGCAAAGACUAGGGAGCUUCCUGUCCCCAAACUGUUGUCGACUCCUUCAACAUCACAACAAGACCAGCCGCCUACUCCAAAGGCUAGAAGCUCGGACAACAAUUUUCAGCAGCAGGUUCUGCAGAAACUGCAGAAACUUGAAGAGGUGCAGGCCCAGAUACUUGAUAGGCUGGCAGACCUGGCCAAAUCAUCACCAGCUUCUUGGGUAGGUCCUGCCGACCUGCAGGAGCCCUUAUCUGAACCUUUAAAGUCCAUUCAAGAAUUUGACAUGCUUGAAACGAAACUUGCAGAGUCAGAAUUUAAGAAGAGAAUGAUCAACUACCUGAGUCUAGUCGGCGGGGUCAAUAUUGCCCAAACAAGUCGGCGUAUGAUGAAAAAGCUGGGGUCUAAUAAUCUUUGGUCGGAUUUCAACGUGUUUGGUCGGAAGGGAAAGCGCGGUCUGAAGUCGACCAGAUUUUAUCCUGUCAUUGUCAGAGCGUGCGUGAAGACCCACCAGGGUGUGAAAGAAACGGACAUUGAGGAAGUUCUGGGGGACUUUUUAAAGAGAACCCCAUAUCUUCCAGGAGGGAGUAAAUGGAAGAAACCUGAUGCUGUUAAGGCCGGUACUGAUGAUGUUAAGGCCGGUACUGAUGGUAACAACACUGGUGCAGAUGCUGCUUUCACAAGUGAAGAUGAGGGGGAGGGUGCCAUGGGUAAUUAAUUUACCAGAAGUCAAUCACACUCUUCAUAUAUAUUAUAUACUCGUCAUAUAGUUGGUUCAUGUUUUCAUUACAAAUUAAAGGAGAGUGAAACCUUUGGAACAACAAACAGAUAAAUAAUGAGAAAGUUGUGAGCAUUUGAAUAUUGUGAUCACUAAUACUAUAUAGAUCCUCUAAUUGGCAAGGAGGCAAAGAUGUGUGAUGUCACUUGUGAACAACUCUCCCCAUUACCUUAGUAUAUAUUUCACUUAAAUUGCCUUUUUUAUCACAUCUAUCAGUAGAUCAUGUGUUCUUUCUAUAGGAGGGCAUGUAAUACAGACUUAAAUAAUACAUCAUGGAUAUAGAGUUUGUAUCACCAUAAGAAAAAGCAAACAGAGACAUUUUGAGUGUAUUUUAUAGUCCAUCAAAGGGAAAGUUGUUCACAUGUGAAAUCACACAUCCUUGUCGCAUUGCCAAUGGGAGGAUCUCCAUAGCAUUGGUGAUUGCAAUAUUGAAAUACUCAAAACUUUCUCAUUAUUUGUCAGAUUUUUCUCAAACUUUCUUUGUUCUUAUUCCGUGAUUUUUCUGUUUUGACACAAGCCUACUUGUUCCAAAGGUUUCAUUCCCCUUUAACAUCUUUUCAGGAAUCAAAGAUAAAUUUACGGGUUAUAUAAAUCUCUCGAGUGACUUUUGUUGAGUAUGCUGAAAACAAAAAAUGUAAUUUGUGUGCUGCCAAAUUUUCUUCACUACAUAUAUUCAUUGUGCCUUUUCUAUGUAUACCCGAGUAAAUUUUUGGUUUUAUAUUUGCCAGUUAUAUGACAAAUCAUCAACAUUCAUCUCAUUAAUGUAAAUAAUUAUGUGUUGGUUGUAUAGUGUUAUAUGAUGGAUUUUGUAUUUCGUGGAAGAUGAAAUUUCUAAUGCUGCCUUUUGAUAAGACAAAUACUGCUAAACUUUAAGAUUCAUUUGUUUGGAUAUGAAUAUUUUCAACCCGAAGUACCCUUUAGGUUUUACCAGAGGUCAAUCACACCAAUUAUGCCAAGUUUUCUUGUUCAUUUAGUUGGUUCAUGUUUUCAGUACAAAUUAACAUCUUUUCAGGAACCAAAGAUAAAAUUACGGGUUAUAUAAAUCACUCGGGUGAUUUUUGUUGAGUAUGCUGAAACCAAAAAUGCAAUUUGUGUGCUGCCAAAUUUUCUACACUACACAUAUUUAAAGUGGUACCUUUUCUAUGUAUAGCCCAGUAAAUUUGGGUUUUUAUACUUGCCAGUUAUAUGACAAAUCAUCAACUUUCAUCUCAUUAAUGUAAAUAAUUAUGUGUUGGUUGGAUAUGAAUAUUUUCAACCCGAAGUACCCUUUAGGUUUUACCAGAGGUCAAUCACACCAAUUAUGCCAAGUUUUCUUGUCCAUUUAGUUGGUUCAUGUUUUCAGUACAAAUUAACAUCUUUUCAGGAACCAAAGAUAAAUUAUGGGUUAUAUAAAUCACUCAGGUGAUUUUUGUUGAGUAUGCUGAAACCAAAAAUGCAAUUUGUGUGCUGCCAAAUUUUCUACACUACACAUAUUUACAGUGGUACCUUUUCUAUGUAUAGCCCAGUAAAUUUGGGUUUUUAUACUUGCCAGUUAGGUCAAUCACACCAAUUAUGCCAAGUUUUCUUGUUCAUUUAGUUGGUUCAUGUUUUCAGUACAAAUUAACAUCUUUUCAGGAACCAAAGAUAAAAUUACGGGUUAUAUAAAUCACUCGGGUGAUUUUUGUUGAGUAUGCUGAAACCAAAAAUGCAAUUUGUGUGCUGCCAAAUUUUCUACACUACACAUAUUUACAGUGGUACCUUUUCUAUGUAUAGCCCAGUAAAUUUGGGUUUUUAUACUUGCCAGUUAUAUGACAAAUCAUCAACUUUCAUCUCAUUAAUGUAAAUAAUUAUGUGUUGGUUGGAUAUGAAUAUUUCAACCCGAAGUACCCUUUAGGUUUUACCAGAGGUCAAUCACACCAAUUAUGCCAAGUUUUCUUGUUCAUUUAGUUGGUUCAUGUUUUCAGUACAAAUUAACAUCUUUUCAGGAACCAAAGAUAAAAUUACGGGUUAUAUAAAUCACUCGGGUGAUUUUUGUUGAGUAUGCUGAAACCAAAAAUGCAAUUUGUGUGCUGCCAAAUUUUCUACACUACACAUAUUUACAGUGGUACCUUUUCUAUGUAUAGCCCAGUAAAUUUGGGUUUUUAUACUUGCCAGUUAUAUGACAAAUCAUCAACUUUCAUCUCAUUAAUGUAAAUAAUUAUGUGUUGGUUGGAUAUGAAUAUUUUCAACCCGAAGUACCCUUUAGGUUUUACCAGAGGUCAAUCACACCAAUUAUGCCAAGUUUUCUUGUCCAUUUAGUUGGUUCAUGUUUUCAGUACAAAUUAACAUCUUUUCAGGAACCAAAGAUAAAAUUACGGGUUAUAUAAAUCACUCAGGUGAUUUUUGUUGAGUAUGCUGAAACCAAAAAUGCAAUUUGUGUGCUGCCAAAUUUUCUACACUACACAUAUUUACAGUGGUACCUUUUCUAUGUAUAGCCCAGUAAAUUUAGGUUUUUAUACUUGCCAGUUAUAUGACAAAUCAUCAACUUUCAUCUCAUUAAUGUAAAUAAUUAUGUGUUGGUUGUAACUGUUAUAUGAUGGAUUUUGUAUUUCCUGGAAGAUGAAAUUUCUAAUGCUGCCUUUUGUUAAAACAUGAAAUACUGCUAAACUUUAAGAUUAAGUAAUUUUACUAUUUUUGUUAUCCAAAUUUUGAUGAAAAUUAUAUCAUUUUGCUCUAUUUGUUUAGAUACAUUUUCAACCCGAAGUACCCUUUAGGUUUUACCAGAUUCAAUCACACCAACUAUGCCAAGUUUUCUUUGACAUUUAGUUAGUUCAUGUUUUCAGUACAAAUUGACAUCUUUUCAGGAAUCAAAAGAUGAAAAUUACGGGUUAUAUAAAUCACUCUCAAGUGACUUUUGUUGAGUAUGCUGUAAUCAAAACUCAAUGUGUGUGCUGCCAAUUUUUUUACACUAGAUGUAUUUAUAGACUUUCCAGCUGAGUAUUCACAAGUCUUUGAACAUUUAUUUAUGUUUAAUAAUAAAAAACCUGAAAUCAAUCAAAUGUGUGACCCAGUGUUUAUUUAAUAUACAGUUUGUAAAUGUUGAACAUUCUUAAUGC